AUGGUGCUUCAUUCUCUUGGGUUACUGUAUCUUUUCCUUUUCCGCGUGGCAUUGGCAGAAGACUGCGUAGACCGUCCGUGUGUUGAAUGUAGACAUUACAUAAAACAAGAUGAUCCAUGUCUGCAUCAUGGAACAAAACCAAUGAUUUUCUGUGAUCCACAGACAAAUUUAAUGCAAGAAUCAUCCAAUAAUUUCUUGGAAUGUGUCCAAAAUCGUUGGGUCCUUCGUGAGUGUGUCACUGGGACCAUUUAUGAGUCUGGACGUGGUUGCGUGGAUCCAACUCUUCAACCCUUUAUGCAAGGAUUCUCUGUGUCUGGAAGUGGACGAGUCGGAGAUGUCUGUCAGUAUAAUACCGACUGUUUGAGUGGUAUGUAUUGUGCAACCGGAUUAUGCACUUGCCUCAGUACCUACAUUCUCAGAGAGAGUUAUUGUUAUGAAAAAGUGAACCCAAACCAACCCGGUUGCACUUAUGAUGUUCAAUGUGAAGCAGUCUGGCCUGGCUCAAAAUGUAGAAUGGACAGCUCCAUCGGUACCUGUCGUUGUCCUGAAGAAACUCAUGUGGCCCGUGAAACUCGUGAUGGUUGGGUGUGUAUCUCUCUUCGAGAUCACUCAUCUGGAGGCACUGCUCCUCUCUAUUUCGUCUGCCCUCUUCCCGAAGGAGCUGGUUUCAAAAUCUCUCUGAAUGACCCAAGCCCUGCAAUGGGUGCUUUCCCAGUUGGUUGUACCGUCGGAUCCUCUGCAACAAUAGAACCAGUCCAAGGUCUUCAUGGAGGCGGAGCUUGUAAUUGGCCAUCGGAUGGAGAAUAUAUCGGAGACGUUUAUGAUUGUAUUCACACCAGCCCACACAUCAAUUUGGCUGAAAAGUUCCCUCAAUCCAACUAUGCUCCCACUGCUGAUGGUGUCUGCUGUCCAAGUCGUGCUCUCGCGUGUAUCCAACCACAACUAACUGGUCCGAACCCUUCAGAACCUCGUUGGUGGUACAAUUCUGUCACCGGAACCUGUCAACAAUUUAUGUGGGAUGCAGGAGCAACUGAAGCUAAAUACCACUCACCAAAUAACUUUAAGACCAUUCAGCACUGCGAAUCGUACUGUAGAGACACUUGCCAACGUGGCUCUCCCCAAUAUUCUACGGAAUCCGCUGUUCACUCUGAACGUCCAAUAACUUCAUGUGCUGCAUCAAUUUCCUGUGCCAAUGAUUUCCAAUGUACUGCUAUCGGAAGUCAACAUCUCUGUUGCCCAACUCCUGGAUCUGUCUGCUCUGCUAAAGGAGGUCGUCCAUUUGAUAUUCAACCAAGAAACUCAAUUUAUCAUUCUGGAUUUAUGGUCUACACUGGAAAGGAGUCUAUCCGAUUCUAUUAUGAUCCUGGAACCGGAAGAUGUCAAGAUUUCGUGUAUAAGGGUGCAGGUGGAAACUACAAUAACUUCUUGUCAAAACAUGAGUGUGAAAUGUAUUGUGCUAGAUUACAAUGCGAGAGAGGAUCUCCAUUGAGAAUUGGCGAAGAAGCUCAAAGGUGUCAAAAUAAUGCUCAAUGUCCAUCAUCUCAUGAAUGUAAAGCUGAUCAAGGAGUAUGUUGUCCGAGGAAACAAACAAUCUGUGCUCAACCUCUCCGAAUUGGAGAUUGCACAGAAAAUGUAAAACGAUAUUGGUACAAUGCAAGAACCAGACAAUGUCAGAUGUUUGAGUACACUGGAUGCCAAGGAAACGACAACAACUUCGAUUCUAUCUUGGAUUGCCAAAACUUCUGUAAAAAUGCUAUUCCUGAACCAAAAUGUAUCCAAGGUCAAGCCUACAAAGACAUGUUCGGAAACUUUGUGACAUGUUCCAAUGGAAUGGGAUGCCCUGCCAACUAUGAAUGCUACUUUGAUGGAAGUCAAUGGGGAUGUUGUCCAACCAAAGCAUUCACAUGCUCCCUUAAUACUGACCCAGGCAUUCAAUGUGGUGCUGGAAGUACAUUCAAAUACUACUACAACCCACAGACUCAGAAUUGUGAAUCAUUCCAAUACAAUGGAUGUGAUGGAAACUCCAAUAACUUCGCCAACCGAGAUGCUUGCGAGUCUUACUGUAGUGUAGGUGGAUGUCCAAACGGAGGAACUCCUCUAAGAGAUCACUCCGGAAUGGUUAUGGUAUGUGGCGCACAACAAACCUCCUGUCCAGAUUCCCACGAAUGUGUUCCUGUUCUCGUCGGCAAUUCAAUGAUCAAUCGAUGUUGUCCAACUCGUGCCUACCAGUGUGGUCUCCCACCUCAACAAGGAACUCAAUGUGGAGCGAAUUUUGUUCAAAGAUAUUAUUUCAAUAUUGUCACCAGUCAAUGUACAUCUUUCCAAUUCGGAGGAUGUGAUGGAAAUGCCAAUAACUUCUUGAAUAUUCAACAGUGCAGAAACUUCUGUAUGAGUAACUCGUGUCCAGCUGGAAAUGUGGCUUACGUGGAUCCAAACUCUCAGAUGCCAAUCAAUUGUAAUGAGGCAUUGAGUAAUAGUUGUCCUUCUGGAUAUUCGUGUACCUUCAACCCACUCAUCAAUAAUCAUGUAUGUUGUGGAGCCACGGAUUCCGGAGUCUGUCCAGAUGCAGAGAAGGCGUUCAUUGAUACAAUUGACAUGUCACCAAGGGAAUGUUUGAUUAAUAUUGAGCAGUCUUGUCCAGCCAAUUAUUUGUGUCGUUUCAAUAUGCAGAAAAACAAAUAUUACUGUUGUUCAAGUAUCACUGGAAAAACCUGCCCACUCGGAAAGUUCCUAUACAAAGACCAGAGAACAACUCAACCAAUCCGUUGCACAAUCGGACGAAAUGAUCAAUGUCCAGAUGGAUACACGUGUCAAAGCUACCUCGCCAACGCCUUCCAAGGAUUCUGCUGUACUGCCAACUCUGUGUGUCCUGAUAAUGCUGAAUAUCUUAUCGACGAUCAAUCCCAACAACCAAGAGCUUGUACUCAAGGAACAUUCGUCUCUUGUCCAAGUGGUUACGCAUGUAGAUCUCUAACUUCCUCUUCUGACGGAUUCUGCUGUAAAUCUGGAAGUGGAACUCUCCCACCAUCAGUGACCGAUGGUUGUCCACCAAAUCAAUACGUCUAUCUUGUACACGGAGAAAUUGCACAAUGUGACCCAUUCAACCCUCCAAAUGCUCCAUGUCCAUCUGAAUUUACUUGUCAAUGGUCUCUAUCCAACCAACGUUACCAAUGUUGUGGCUCUAACCCUGCUCCAAUCCCAGUAAGACCUUCAGAUGGAUGUCCAAAUGCUCAAAUUGCCUUCCGUGACUCUGAUACAGUAAGAGUGUGUAGUGCAGGUGCCGCCAACUGCCCAGCUGGAUAUUUCUGCCAAUUCUCAAGCUCCAACAAUCAAUUCCAAUGUUGUGGAGUAAGCGGUGGCUGUCCAGAUGAGUCAGUCGCCUUCGUAGGAAUGUUGGGAGAGCCAGAGAAAUGUGUAGUCGGACAAUCCAACUGUCCACGUGGAUUCGCUUGCCAGAAGUCUGUAGCAGGACAUCACGUAUGCUGUACCGUCCGAAAGGUGGCAUGUGAGCAAAAUGAAGUUAUCAUCGAAGGUGAAUGUCAUGCACAAGUUGGCCCGGGAUCGGAGUGUCUCGCCAACGAACAAUGUACUGGAGGCUCGAUAUGUGAAGAUGCUAAAUGCGAGUGCAGACCACCAUUGAAAGCAUUUGGAGGAUUCUGUCAAGAGGAAAUUCAAUGUUCAUCCAAUCAAGUACUUCAUAAUGGACUUUGUCACAAUAAAGCAAAACUCGGAGAAUCAUGUCUAACAGUUCGUCAAUGUCAAGAGAACUCCGGUUGUAUCGAAGGAUCAUGUGAAUGUAAAAAAGGAUUUGUCGAGAAGGCUGGAAAGUGUAUGACACCAGUUGAGAAGAAGGCUGUGGUUUCAUCAAAAUUGGCGAGCGGAGUGACAUGUUCAAAACCAGGAUGGACUCCUCUGAUCGAUGAGGAACACGAGAGACCGAAACAUUGUUCUCCAAUCGGGAAAGGGUGUCCGAAUGGUUAUGAAUGUCAGAUCAAUAAUAGAAGAACUCAAUAUCUUUGUUGUGCACCGGAUUCGUCUACAGUAUCCAUGCCAUCACUUCCUCCACCAUCCACGACUACAACAGAAAGGAUUAUGACGACGAAAAAAGCCAACUCGAAAGUUUGCCCAACUGGACGUACCCCAUAUCUUCUAAACGGAGCACCCCAGAAAUGCACAAUCUCUCGUUGUCCUGCUGGGUAUGAGUGCACCUACCGUAACAAUGGAUAUCAUUGCUGCUCUAUGGCCAAUAAAGCAGGUCUUACUGUAGCUGGAACCACUUCAGGAUCUAUUGUUUCUAAAUCAACUCCAUCCCCUGACCAAGAGAAAUGUCCUCGUGGCAACCCUCUAAUCUAUCCAUCCACAAGUUCUCCUGUCCUCUGCCAACCUGGUAAACGUGGAUGUCCAGUUGGUUUCGGAUGUGUACAAAGUUCCACGUCAAACAAUCAUAUUUGUUGUCCAUCAAGACAUUCUGAUCGUCCUGGAUUCAGCAGUGAGACGUUUGGAUUGGGAACUUAUUACAGUAGAGGUCCACCAGCAGCCAUCAAUCCAUGUGAGGGAUAUUUGGUACUGGUGACAAGAGUGGUCAAUGGAAGAAUUGAGAAACGAUGUGAACGAAGCUGUCCAUUCCCACAAAUUCCAAUUGGAGGUGUCUGCUACGAGCUGAAGAACAAGACAACAUAA